CACACACUUCUUUAUAAUUGUCUUAUUUCUACAAAGAUAGCAUGACACUUGUUUAACCAUAAGUUGUUGAUUAUCUCAUCAACAUACAUCAUGAAUCCUUAUUCCUUUUCCCAAAUUUUUAAUUUUUUUUUUUUGAAAACUUUUUAAAUUUCUAGUUAACCUAAUUUUGUAAUUUGUCAUACUUUUGUACAAAAUACAAAGUAUUUUCAAACUUUUCAUAGAAAAAGGGUCUUUUGUGAACCCAAAAAAAAAAAAAAAAAAAAAGAAGAAAAAAAAAGAAAAAAAAGCACAUUUAAAUAUAAAACCCUUUUUUGUCGUUCAGCUUUCUAGAAUUCCACCGUCCCAGUUUGCAGCAAUUACACUUUUCAAAUUCAAGGAGAAGUAAAUACAGCGAAAAUGAAUUAUUCUUGCUGCCCCAUUUGUGAAAACCCGAUACCCAUUAACGAAAUUGAAUGGCAUGUGAACAAUCACUUGGAGGAUGAUGAAUUUGCCAAGGAUAUGGAAUUAGCUCAGCAAAUUGCACUUGCUCCACCAAGUCCACCUCAAAUUGAUAGAAGCUUCUGUUUGGAUUUUGAUCCCGAGUCAGUAUUUGAAGAGGUUCCAGAGAGUAGUACAUCCAGGGAUCUAAAAAGUGGAAGUAGAAAGAAUGAACCAAAAGAUAUCGAUGAACAGAUUUGCUGUAUUAUAAGCUUACAGAGUAAGGCAAUCUUUUAUAAGGUUGAAUCAGGACUAAUGACCUUACUAAAAAAUUGCUUGGAACUUGAAAACUCUACAAGUAUACUCUCAGGUUAUGUUGAUCAUUUUCAAAGCACUAGAUCAGAGGAUAUGGGAUGGGGUUGUGGAUGGCGCAAUAUACAAAUGGUUAGCUCGCACUUACUUAUGGAAAGACCAGAAGCAAGAAAGGUUUUAUUUGGAGGUUCAGAAUAUGUGCCAGAAAUCGGUUCACUUCAAAGAUGGCUUGAAGUUGCCUGGCAGAGGGGUUUUGACAUUGUUGGCUCAAAAUUUUUCAAGGGGGAAAUUUAUGGAUCAAAGAAAUGGAUUGGGACAACAGAGUGUGCGGCACUCUUAUGUUUUUUUGGUCUUCGUGCGAAGAUAGUUGAUUUUGAUGGCAAGGGUAAUAAGAGGGAUGUAGGGCGAGUUGAUAAACCUAUGGAUAGAUUUGUUGCCAGAAGGGACAUUGACGCUAAGGAAGGUCCUGCUAAGUUUGGUGAUGGCUCUACACAGAAUAGUAAGGGCUAUCAAGCUUUGAUUGAUUGGGUUUGGAGUUACUUUUCUGAACAAAAGCCAAAGGAAUCGCAAAGACGUGGGGUUGUUGUUACGAAUAAAAUGCCGUUAUAUUUUCAGCAUCAGGGCCAUUCAAGGACCAUUAUUGGGAUUCAAGCCAAGCAUCAAAAGAAUGGGCAGCAACAGUACAACUUAUUGGUAUUAGAUCCUGCUCAUAAUACAGAAGCUCUGGAGAGGUCGUUGAAGGAAAAUUGUGGAUGGCAAAAAUUUCUGAAAAGAGGUCUUCAUACUUUGAGGAAGCCUCAGUAUCAGCUGUGCUAUGUUGAUCCUGGAAUUGCACGGGGGGAGGAGAUUGAGAAGCUGAAGGAUUUGACUAGUGUUCUGAUUGAAUGCUAGAUGGAAUCAUGAUCUGUGUGCCUCUUACAGGUUUCUGCCUUGUCCCCCCUUCUUGUCUGCCUUCAUAUGUUGUCAACAUGCUUUCUUCCACUUGCAGCUGGAUUUAGUUCCGACAAAGGUUUGAGGACCUUUCAGCAAUUGGGAAUGCUGAUAAAAUAACUUUUACUCUGUCUCUUUUCUGCGCAUCUUGAAAGCUUUCAAGUGAUUUAUCAGUAUUUGUUCAGUUCAAAAAUAUAUUCUUAAGGCAAUGAAGAUUUUGAUAAGAUUGAGUGCGGUGGCCUUGUCUCCUAAUGUUUGAAUCAUGUAUUAGAGAGGUGUAGUGUCUUAUCCUCUUCUCAUUCUCUAUUAUGAAGUAGCUUCUGCUUUAUGGUGUAGACCUCCUGGUUUUUGUGCUGUGUGUAUUUGAUGGGUUAUAUACAGGCAAGUUGGAUUAGUUCAAGAGGAGAAUGCAAUAAAGUUGCAUUGGAGGUGUGAAUUUAUGACUGUUAUUGGGGCUCUUUGGGCUUGGAUUUAUGGUAUCAGCGUUGGGUUAAAUCGAGAGAGAGAUAGGAUAGGAAAUAAGCCAAGGCAAGCCAUCUUCUAUUUUAUGAGUGAAAAAAUGAAGGAAAAGCCAUCAUGGCAAUAAUGGUUGAAAAAAAAAGGACGUGAUGAUUAUGAGAAUUAUGGUGAAGAGAAGUGCCUCACAAAUUCCAAAAAAAAAAUGUUGUAGAUAUGUGCAACAAGUGUAGUUGUGCGGAGAGAAGUUUUCCAAAAGUAUGACAUUGGUGAUGUGCACCAGCAAGAUUGUGUGGGUGAUGAGAUGUGCAUCACAAAAUGAUGUAAAAUUUGAUAAGAAAUAUGUCAAAAUAUUGAAAGAAAGAAGAUUGUGUUGUUGUCACAACAAUAGCAAUUUCCAUCGAGAUCAAUCAAUCAUUGUAACCCAAUUUGAAGCAAGGGGGUGUGUUGGAAUGUUUGCUCAAAAUUGUUAGUGGUUAGUUAAAUUCUAAUGUAUGUAUAGGAACAUGCUCCUAAGUGAUUAGUUUGUGUUUGUGGAGCCGUAAGAGUAGUGGGUUAAUUUUAGGCAUGAUCUUAAUCAUGGGAUCAUGCUCCUUCCAAGCUUAGUUUUGCACUAUGUAUGUGUUGCUAUGUAAUUCGUUUUUCAAUGGAUUGAAUAAAAGUUUAUAAUAUUCUCUCCCUUCUCUCAUCUGUAUUAUAAUGUUAACAGGGCUAUUGAACUUAUCUUCCAUAAUAAAUUUAAUGGGGCCUAAGAGUUGAUGUUUACUGUAGAGUCUUUGCUUCUUUCUGUUCUGUGGCAUCUGGUGUCUUCCAGCAUGGUUCAGCUUGAUUGACAUGCUUUCCUUUUUUUUUUUUUUUUUUUUU